UUUAUUAUAUAUAUAAAAAAUGACGGAUCUACCCGCCUAACAUUUAGACCGACCGAUUCAAGAACUUGUGCCCAAAAACAUUUAGGAGAAUGUAGCUUUCGGAAUUCGAGGAGCAAUUAACUAAUUUCUCUUAGAUAAUUACAUGCAUGAUCCAUCAUCACUUGCCCAUCCAUACCUCUCUAUAUAUACCAAUCUCUAGCAAUAGUUCUAUUCACUCAGUCACAUAUAUCCUCGACAAACAAUUUAAAGUAAUUAGCUAGUAAUCGAAGUUAAUCCAUGGCGCGCAUUUCGAUUAGCAAUUCCUUUAGUUUGGCUAUCACGAUUUGCCUAGCAAUGUGGAUAGCCAUGGCUCCACCUCGUGCGCACGCAGCCAUCACGUGCGAUUUUGUGCUGAGAAGCAUGUCACCGUGUCUCGGGUAUCUCAGAGGAGGUGGGUUCGUGCCGCCAGCCUGUUGUGCUGGUGGCAGGUCCCUAUUCAAUGCUGCUGCCACCACCCCUGACCUGCAAGCGGGUUGCAGGUGCAUCAAGACCCUCGUCCCUAAUGUCGGGGCUAACCCAGUCUACGUCAAUAGUCUCCCGGGGAUUUGUGGAAUCAGAAUUCCGUACAAGUACUCCCCAUCUCUCGAUUGUUCCAAGGUAGUUCGUUGAAAUCGAUUGUGGAGAGCUAAUUUGAAAGGAGGAAUAUUGUGAUCAUAAUUAAUAAGAGUGAAUAAGGCGUGAUGUGCUAGAGACAUGGUGUCUUUAAUUAAUUGUCUCAAAUAUAUGUUGCAGUAAUUUUAUUUUAUUUUUUCAUAUUUUCGUUUAUGCGUGUUGUUGGCCAAUCUCUCUGUUGUUCGGCACGUUUACUAUGUUUGUAAACUAUAUAUAUCACGAUUGAAAAUAAAUAUUUCAUGAUCCUAAUAAGGUAUAUAUAAUUAGUGUUAUUAAAUGAUAGCGAACACCUCAACGUAGGAAAGCUCGUUUAUUCUUUUAAUAAUAACGAGUCACACUUGAAUAAUUAAGCAGACUCGUUAAUUAAACGAGUCGAGUCGAGCUUCUACGCGACCAUCUUGUUUUUACUUUUGCUUUUGUAAAUUUUAAAUUAAAUAGACGAGCCAAACUUGUUUGUAAUGGACAUUUUCAUGUUUGCGAAUAACUUGUCUAGUGUUUUAGAUUUAUUAAACGAGUAAGCUUAUACAGAGCCGACUCAACUAGAAUAACACUUUUAUGGCUACGUCUGGUUAUUGGCGCUUCUGCUAAAUUUUAGCGUUUUUAGUCCAUUUAACUGUUUUGAAAGUUUGACCAACUAAGAAAUGUUGUUU